AUACCUUGAAAAGUGAAUAGUUUACUAAACUUGUAAUCGUUUUUUAUCCAGGUAAAGUUAUUAUUGUUUAACCAUUAGUGUCUUGAAUCGUUAUAUUUGUAUCUGACAUCAUACAUCAAACGAUUAUAAAAAGUUUUCGACUGAUUGAUCUUUAAUCAGUCUACCCGAAAAGGUGUGAAAAUUGGACAGGUGUCAAAAACUUAGUCAUUCAGGAUGGACUCGUCGUGUGUUUAUUUAUGACCGGAGAGUAGUAUAAGAAUGGGACAAUUAUGAGAACCACGUGUCAUUUUUAAAAAUGUGCAUACCCAGAAAUCUACAUUGAUUGAUGUGAUGGAACGUGAUUUUCUGUGGACUGUGUGUUGAGGAAUGGGGAAUUCCUCUUCAGUACAAAUAUCUAUGCUAGGUCUGGAUUCCUCCGGUAAAACCACUAUCUUAUAUCGCAUGAAGUUUCAACAAUACACAAACGCCACCCCAACAAUCAGCUAUAAUUGUGAAACCAUCAAAGUGAAGGAGGGGCGAGCAAAAGGCAUCACUUUUAAGAUUUGGGAUGUGGGGGGACAAGACAACAAGAGACCUUUAUGGAAUCAGUACACACGUUCUUCUGAUGGGAUUAUAUUUGUGGUGGAUAGUGUAGAUAGAGAGAGACUUGAAGAAGCAAAGUUGGAACUUAUCCGGUUACUUAAAAAUGCAGACAAUCAGAGACUGCCCCUACUUGUUAUCGCCAACAAACAAGACUUGCCAAAUUCUUUGGACUUGUGUGAAAUCGAGAAAUUAUUAGGACUUAGGGAUCUUCACCCAGGGCAAGUGUGGGCAAUACAAGGGGCAUGUGCCAUUACUGGGGAAGGACUUCCAGAGGCAAUGGAUACCAUGUUUGACCUUAUAGUGAAAAAGAAAAGUUUAAAGAAGAGGAAAUGAUGAAAAUUCCUCAUGUUUAUUAUAGUCCAAUUAUUGUGUGAAUGUGUGUUGUGACAGGCGGCUAUUUAUGACUCGUACAGAAUAUUUUAGAAAAAAAUAUCUUUUAUUGUUUAAACUUUUUGUGCAAUUUUGUUUGAAAAGGGUUGUAUUUAGAUACUGUUUUGAGAUAUUUUUUACUUAAUUAAUUUACUUUUGUUUAUUUUGCUGUUUUAUUUUGAAGAGUACUACCCAUGCAUGAAUAUACCAAAGUGUAAAAUUUGUUAUAUAUAUUAUUAAUAUAUGUCUUGUUAAUAUAAUUCGCUAUGCAUGUUUUUGUGUAAAAAUAUUUUUAAUUGUUUAUAAAAGUGCUUAUAUAUAUUCCUGAAAGUUUCCAAAAGGUUACUAUACCUCAUUUUUUUGAUAAGGUAAAAGAAAGUAGUUCUAAAUGCAUCAACUACAAGUGUUAAAAAAUUGUAACUAUAUGAGUAUAUGUAUCUUUCUCCCGGACCAUUUGAUUUUCGCAAGACCAGAUACAACUGCCAAUAUGUCACUUGCUUAUUAGCACUGCUUGUUAAACAUAUUACACAGUGAACAUUACUUGGAGCUUAAUCUGACAAGCAGGCCAGCAUUAUAACUGCCUUGUAUCAGUUAUGACUGUCUUGUAUCAAUCUGUUCCAUUCUGCCUUCAGGGAUAAACAUAGUACAGAUGGUGCCUGCUCACUGUUUGUACAUCCAGUCCACUUUCAAACAGACUGUAAUUUUAUAUUGACCAUGUUGACUAACACAUGACCAGAUCCCUACCUCUUAUUAUGCCUUUUCUUUGUUACUUUGUUGUUUUAUAUUUGAAGACAUUCCAAAAAAAGCUGUUUUGUAGAGAUAAAGUAUUUUUUUCUGAAUCAGUGCUUGUCUAGUUUGUAGCGGUGUGUUUGUUUUUUCUUUUGAUUUGUCAGUGAAGAUUAACAUAUUGUUUUUUUAAGUAAUGUACAAUUAAAUUGGAUAAUCCAGGGUUUGUGUGUAAAAAUCAAAACUUCAAAAAAGGCAUUAGUUUUGAAAUUAUUGUUAUUUUUAUACACAGGAAUGAUAUUGGAUUCUUUUUUUCUGUUUGUAACAGAUAUUGAAACAAAGAAUUCCACAAGAAAAUCCUUGUUAUAAAUAAAUGUCAAAUAACAAUUUUUGAAGAGGUAUUUUAUAAAACUGACUGCAAGUUAUGACCAGAUAAAAAUUCCAGUGGUAUGAAUGAAAGGUUAGACAUAAUUUACAUAGUAUUUGGGCAUUUAAUAAUAGCCUUAGCAAAAACAUUGUGGGAUAAACAUGGAAAAAUUGUUUAUUUAGUUAUAACAAGGGAUUGACAUGCUUACUUUAGUGGUAUGUAUGUCAGAGUAUACAUGAAAAUGGCAAGUUUAAUUCAGGUGCACAUACGUAACUCAAAAACUUAAAUUUUUAAUUUGAGAACAUCUGCUUUUUGUAAAUACAUGUACAUGCCACUAAUUUUCAUCUGAGUAUAUAAAGUUAAUAUAUUGAAAUAUGUCAAUGAAUCUAAAAGAACAGAGUUUUUAAAGUAGAAAUUAAAUUCUUCCUCAUGAUAGAAAUCUUUUGAAAAGUGGUUGAAACAAAACUUUAUAAACAAGCAUGAUAAGUGUUCAGUCAUUAUUAAUUUGGUAAUUCUUUUAAAUCUUAGAUAAAACAUGAUUUCACAGGAAGAAAUAUUGGAAAAUGUUAUGUUUAUGAAAUGUAAGUUUUAACCUAGGGACCAAUACUAACGUAAAAUCGAUAGAUAGAUAACGUAACUUUUUUUUGAUAAUUGAAUUAAAGUUCACAAAGAUAAUCUGUACAUCCUUGUUUAUGUGGUUCACAUAUCAUAGAAGUGUAAUCUGUUUAUGUUACUGUGUAGACAUUUCCUUGUUAGCCAUUUAUUAUACUCAAUCAUUUUAUCUCUCAUCAAGUUUAAGGUAUCUGCAAAGUGACAAUGGAUAGCAAUAUUGCUUGUUCUAAAUUUAUUAAAACAACAAAAACAAA